AUGGGCUUCAUUGCAUCUAUGGUUCGUUAUGUACGAGAAAACCGACUUUCCCGCAGAUUAUCAAAUGCACAGCCGCAACGACUGGAUGAUGAUUCAAACGAUCUGAUCAAAACAACCUCCCACACGGCCUCCUUUGCCCCUCCCGAGAGCAUCGCAUCUGCAUCCACCAUGGUCCAGCAUUCAUCUCAGGAACCGGUUGUCCCGACCGAAUCACCAGCUCAUAUGAAGCAACCGGCACCCUGGGAUUUGAAUAUUUGUACACUCUUUGACGAAAUGGAUUCAUUGGAUCCGACUACAAGUCGUGCUAUUAGGGCGUUGUCUAUGCCUGAAUAUCCGGUUCUCAAAAUGGAUACUAUUCAGUCACCAUUUGAUACGCCAACGAAGAAACUAGACCAAGCAAUCGAUACGGGUGAGAACGAGGUCUGCCAUCGGAGUAGUGGAGAAAAGGCAAGAAAAUGCCGGAAGAAUAGGGGCGAGAAGAGCAGAGGUGAUACUCAGGCUCAAGACUCCGGGAAAAGAUCAAGGAUCAGAAAAUCGAUGACUGGAUUACUCAAACGACGCUCGCUCAAGAUGCCACAAACACCGAUAUCGCUGAAAACUUUGCGGAAUCCAAACUCGCCGAAAUGGAUUGAUUCGUCUAGUAUUGCCGAGGAAGAUGUUGUGGAUGGUAAAGAUGACAUGAAAUGGCUUGAGGCGAAUGAGCUACGGAGGUUUGACAAUAGGAGUACUGGGUUCUGGACUGGGGAGGGGAGGGGAAGAUUGUGGUGA